UAUGUUUGAAGUACGUUACCAAAUUAUCUUUGACGUUGUAUUUGCUUAUAAAAUUCUUGUAUUGUGAAAUAAAUUUUAAGAAAAUAAAAAUAAAUCGUAACAUGGGGAUCGCAGGUAAGCGAAUAUUGAAGGCGUUGAUUCAGUUGAAAAAUCCUGCAAGUGCAGAGGAUAUCGUUAAACACCUGGCGAAGACAUCGAAAAAGGGCUACGAGCUUUUGCGUACUGACGUCAUGGAAACCAUAACCAUAGCAAAAAAACUUCGUUUCAUUGACUUUAAAAACGGUUUGUAUAGCUAUACCAUUGCCAAUAAAAAGACACGCAAAAAGCACGCUAAGAAAGAUAAUAAAAAUAGCUGUGGAUUCAAUACUGAGAAACGUCCAGAGUCCCCAUCAAAAGAGUGGAUACAAUUUGAUGACACGGAACCACGUGAAAGAAUUGCGAAGAAUUCGGAAGACAUUGGAUACAAAUUGGGUUCCCAGCAAUCAUAUUUAAGUUACAUAGAGGAGUUUAACGAAGUUAAUCAACCUCAAGCAUUUGAUGAAGUGAAGAAGGUGAAGCCGAAUUUUUCGGUUAAAAAACUGAAAUUGAGCCAUGAAUUCAAAGAAAAAAAAAAGAUAUAUAAUCCUUUCGUGACUUUUGGUAAAAGACUUAAACGCUGUGCGUCCUCAGAUGGCGAAGAAUAUAUCCCCAAUAAGAAAAGAAAACUGACUUCAAAACAGGAUAGUGAUCGUAUCUUGGUUCCUCAGCGAAAACUUGGGAAAUAUAUGCCCUCAGAUGAUUUAUCAAAAAACCGAAGGGGGUCAGCAAAAUCCAACCAUCAGAUUCCAACUGGUCAAGCAGAAAAGCGAAAUAGAAGUUCUGAUAAUGGAAGUGCAACUCGUCUUUGGAGCCAUCCUCAUUUGUUAUCACGUGAGAAGGAACAGCCUGCAGCACUAAAUGAAUCUUAUAUUCAAUACAAAAUUCAUGAUAUAAUUGAUGAUUUAGCGAAACUUAAGAAUAAUUCAAAUUCAAACACAGGUAUUCAACGUUUGGGUAACUCAAAUGUUGGUGUUGCGUCCCAUAACCGUACAAAACAACGUGACCUAGAAAAUUUCGUAGAACAGCCGAAUCACUUCUUCAAAACAUAUGGCAAUAAAAGUGAAAUGAGCGAAGACAUUGUUAAGAAAAAAAUUGUUGAAGUGAUUCGGCAGUUUGACCUACUUAACUCGUACUCAGGAGUUACGCUUUCGGAUAUAGAUAGUGCAAAAACCAUUAUUCAUGAGAUUAUAAAUAAUUAUGCAAAUAUAAGUGAAUCAUGUGGCGAAAGUUCUGAGAAAAAAAGCACAGACACAGAUAGUGUUGAUAAUUAUAUGGAUGAGGGUCCAGGAUCAUCCUGGUGGGAUUAUUCUAAAUAGUAUGUGUUUCGCUAAAGAUAUUUUUUGUCAAGUGAAAAUAAAUAUUUGUGAUAACCUCCGAUCUAGUUUCUAAUGAAGUUCAAGAAAAUUUGAAAAACUGCUACAUUAACGGACUCUUUGACUUGUUUUAAUUCUAUUUUGUAUGAGUAUUUCACUUGAAUUUAGACACAAAAUUCUUUGCAUGAAUAAAAAACAAAUAAA